AGCCGUGCCGGAGAAACCAUUUUCAUGUCACAACGGAAUUUCAAGAUGUCGGAUCCGAACAACGAAACCGAUUCCUAUUUUCUCCGGAAUUUCCCGAAUUUGGUGCAGCCUCAGUUACCGCGUGGAUUUAAUCGGGGGAUGGGCAAUCAGUCUACCCAGACUAAGACUUCGCCAUCCAAGACAGCGAAUAAGUCUACCCAGACGGAACCUGUCAAUGAUGGCAACGUGCAAGCUAGCGUGAUCGCAGUGCUGGCAGGAUUGGACUCGAUCUUGGACAUGAAGCAGCCUAGCAGAAGUCCUUCGCCCGAAGAGCACCAGCGCCUAAAUGAGAUGUUGACCGGCCACAACUGCGAUUUGCUGCACGAAGUACUGGAGUCAAGGAAGCGAAGGCUUCCCGCGGAGGACCUAACUGGGCUUCUAACUACAAUACUAGAGCGAAAUCCAGAUGGGAAACCGCUGCCUAAGCGGCAGAAGCUGGAGUGUCCUCAGGGCGGACACUAAUGCGGGCCUUCCUCAGAGCCUUUCAAACAUGCGGGACAUUAACGAAAAAGUAUGCUCUGUGUUUCAUUACAAUUAAAC